AUGGGCAUCAUACUUCAGUCACUUCAGGAUAUGGAAGAGAAGCGUAUUUUGUGUUUUCGCGAUGCUCUGCGUAAAGUGAUGGUCUACAAGGCAGCACAACUCCGAAAUGGCCAGUAUGACUUGGAUCAGGUUAUACGCUCUGUAGAGGAAGUGAGUGCGCCUGCAGAUAUGCAGGAGUUCCUCCACCAGUAUCAAGACCGAGCAGCAGCAGCAGGAGGUGGGGGGGGCGUAUGCAAAGGAGCAGCCAGUACGAGUAGUGCGGGUGAGCAGCCACGUUCUUCCUCCUCCUCCUGCUCCUUGUCGUCGUCGUCCUCUGUGAGUAACGUCAUCAAUUCUACUACCACUUCUUCUUCUUCGUCUUCUGCUACUCGCCUUAGUAUGAAGAAUGCUUUGGGCACUCUCAAUAGUAAUAUAGGCGGUUUGUCUCUAUCAGGAGGAGGAGGAGGAAGUUCCAAGAGUAGUAGUGACUGGGGUUUACUAAUGAUGAGUCUCGGCAGCAGUAGUGGUGGUGGUGGUAAUGAUACUAACAGCAGUCAUCCUGGUACUGGUACCACAACUACUAAUGGCGGUAUUAGUAGUGGUGGAGGUAUGGGUGUUGGUUCUCUCAUUAUUAACAGCAGUAGUAAUAGUAGUACCACUGCUAUUAAAUUAGGCGCAUCGUCGUCGUCUUCAUAUCCGUCUGGCACUGCAGCUGCUAUGAAAAGAUGGCUGCUCCAUCACGUGCUGCCGGACGGCCCACAUACUCGUAUUACUGCUCGCGGUGGAGGAGGCGCGCUUGGGGAAAGAGGGAGUGGACCUCUACGACCCGUAGUAUGGACAGAACUGUGUUGUGAAGGCGGUAAGGUGUCGGGAGAAGCAGGAGACACGUUUAUAUCGAAGAGGAAGCAAGAGCUACAGCAGAGAGGCCAUCAGCUUGUGACAGCUGCUUUGGCUGCCGCCGUUGGGAGUGCGAGCAGUAGUACUCCCAGUAGUAAUACUAAUAGAAGCUCCAAGCCUAGUAGUAGUAGUAGUAUUUUUACUAGUACGACUCUUUCUACAACACCCUCGCUAUCUCCAAGGAGCAAGAAUACUACUACUACUACUACUACAACGACCAUUACCAGCGCCACAACCAACGUCUGCGGUACUACUGGUACUACUACUACUAUUACUACUGGUACUGAUACCAUGAAACCUAGUGCCAUUACUAGUAGUAGCAGUGGUGGUACGAGUAGUGAUAGCAGUAGUAGUAGUGGGGGUGACUAUACAUGA